AUGGCAGUGGCGAUGGCAGCGGAGGUAGAAGAGGUGGCAGCAGCGGCGGCUGAAGAAUCACAAGGAACAGUAACUCGUGGAGCCUCGCUGCCGGUUCGCCGCUUGGCUCACACUGGUCCAGCCAGGAGGUUGGGCGUAGUUGCAGGCCGAAUCUAUGGAGGCCACGACGCAGCGAGGGCUGGACUUGUAUUUGUACACUCACUAUUCGCUAAUUUCGCAGGCGAAUUCCCAUACAUGGUGUCGCUGAAGAUAGUGGGGACGUUCACCAAGAGCCACCAUUGCGGAGGUGCCAUCAUCUCCAGUACGUCUGUGCUCACAGCAGCCCACUGCAUCACCAACAUCGACAAAUCGAUUGCAGUGGCUGGAGAACUGGACCAGAGCACCGACGAAGGCACGGAGCAGGAGGUGAGGAUUUCGCAGAUGAUCAAGCACCCAGACCACCCAGGUGGUACUGACGUGAGCCCUAACGACAUCGCUGUCUUCAAACUGAUGACUGCCUUCACUUUCAACUCUUUUGUCCAACCCAUUAACCUGCCCAGCGCCGGAGUUGUUCCCACAGAUGGAUCAUCCGCUGUUGCGCUUGGCUGGGGAGAGACAGAAGACGAAGGCGAACCGGAUAUCCUGCAGCCUGUAGACGUCGUCAUCAUCUAUCAAGCGACUUGCUCGCAGCUGAUCGACAGCUUAAUAACGGAAAACCAGCUGACUGACACUAUGAUUUGCACAGGCCCGGUCACAGGAGGAACCGGUGUCUGCUACGGUGACGCUGGUAGUCCAGUUACUCAGGACGGCAUGGUGAUUGGCGUGGCUUCAUGGACCAUCAUGCCCUGUGCCACAGAGAGGUCCCCAAGUGUAUACACCAGGGUAUCGGCCUUCCUCGACUUCGUUAAUGAACACAUUUAG